AUGAUCCACCGAGGCUCAAUCGUCGCCGACAAGGUGGCCCAAUCGUCCGGUCCCGUCCACAGAGCAGCCCACGAUGCCCCCGGCCAAGCCGGGCCAAGCAGCCCAGGCCCAGUAGAGCUCCCAGCCGAGUCUCCCGGUCCGGUCGAGCUUCCCGCCGAGGACAUCGAAGCCAACGCCAGCCAGCGGCCGUUCCAGCCGCCGCCGUACUCCAGCCCCUCGACCAGCUCGCUGGAGCCGCGGGCGCGCAACGCGAACCCGCGGGGCCCGCAGUACUACCCGGGCUUGCCCGUGCUCGACUACCGGCAGUACUCGCCGCCCAUGUUCGAGCUGUCGGCCGACACGGCGUCCAUCAGCACCAAGGCGACGUACCUGUCCGAGAACGCCAAGGCGCUGUCGGCGCUGGUGCGGCAGCUCGCCACCGUGCCGCCCAAGCCGCAGGUGCUCGUCCAGGGCCUGCGCGGCCGCAAGGUCGACUUCCGCGUGCGCCUGAACCUGAUGAACCUGCUCGUGCCCGACGACGCGCGCCGGCGGCUCGACUACCUGCGCUGUGUCAACGCCGACGAGGCGGCGUACCGCGGCGGCAACGAGAUCGCGCUGAAGCCCGACGUCGUCGACGGCGUCGAGGCAUGGUGCGAGCGCUUCGUCAGGGACCCGGCCCCGGUCAAGACGUUUGUGUUGGAGCGCGUCGUCGCCAACCUCGACACGGCCUGGCUCGAGGGCCAGAUCCGCAGUUUGGUAGCAGCCACCGAGUACAAGGGCGUCGUGUCGGUGCAGUUCCCCAUGACGCACACGCGCGUCGUCGUGCAGAACCCGGACAAAGUCAACAAGUUCUUCACGAGCGUCACGACGCUGUUCUCGGGCAAGGCGCGCUACGAGGUCGUCAAGGCCGUGUGGCCCUUUGCCAACGCCCGCAAUGGCGAGCAGGGGCGGCGGUGCGUCGUCCAGAGCGAGAAGACGUGGUGGGAGGAGUGGAGGGACCCCAUCAAGUAUGCCAUCUCUACGAAGCGCCAGGGCUGGGUCACGAAUGAGGAUAAGCUCGAGUGUAUUAUGGAGUCGAAGGGGAAGGGCGUGUCAAUGAUCGAUUGGGGUCCGGAGGACAGCGAGUGGUAG